UUAUCCCCAAAAAAAGAUGGCCGAUGUUUAUCAUUAAUCUCUGUUGUCGGAAAAAUUACGAUAUUUUAAUAAAAAUCCGUAAUUUUUGAAUAAAUUCGGUGAUUUUGAGAUGAACAAUUCGCCAAACAACAGUUUUAGAGCGUAAACAUGUGCGAGGGAUGCGCCGAUUUCGUGCAACUGCUUGUUUCUUAUGAGGCACUAGUCUGCAGAGAAAAUACUGAACAACCAAUUCUAACACUAGAUGAUAUAAACACCACUUUUGUGUAUGUUCAAACAUGGCCAGCCAGACAGUGUAUGUGUUGGUUCCGAGAUCCGAAAAACUUGGAAAGGUUCAGUUAUUUGACCCAAGGCCUAAUUUAUAUGGCAGUAUCACAGUUAAAACAGCUGGUCGAAAAGAAUUUAGAGCAAAAAGAAAAAAGCUCGGAAAAAGAGGCGGAAGAACCAAAAGAAAAAGAGAAGGAACCAUGCCAAAAUCCCGAAGAUGAAAAGGAAAAUAUGGAGAUAAUUGAGAGGGAUAAGCUGUUAAUUUUGGUUUCAAAGAUAUUUUUGUUGAAUUUUCCGCUUUAUGUGGCUUUUAAACAUACUUUUCAGUCAAAGGAUGGAUUGACCCAGCAAGAGAUAGCCAGCUUGAAUAUUUUUUGUGACCUGCAUGACUCUGAGAUUCCCAUUUACCUUCUGAAGAACGUGACUUGGUUUUGUAAGAUUGGUGGAUUGUUGGCUAUGACCAACUGUUUCACUUAUUUAACUACAGACGUCUUGCCAGUAUCCACUGCUCAUGCAAUGAUUUCUAUUGUAUGCAACUUAAAAUUAUGGAUGAACUAUAAAACCAUGGUGUCACUACUAGUGCCAUUAAGAUCCUGUGUUUUGAGAUACAUGUGCAAGUUAUCUGAUCAGGACCUGAGAACUCCUACAAUAAAAAGCAUGGCAGAUUUUAUGUGGAAUGCCAUUAAAGACCCUCUGGAUUCACCUGUGGCUUUUGAUGUGGACGGAUUAGAUUUGGCAUUUAAAUAUUUCACUUCUAGCACAUUAACUAUGAGAUUGGCUGGCAUAACACAAAUUAACAAUCAAAUAGGAGUCCUAGCAGAAAUAUGUGUUGGAGAGACUCUACCUGAAGCUGAGGCCGUACCCAGGCAAAUGGCAGAUUGGCUAAUAAGCAAUAAUAUAAUAUCGCACAUUUUCGGCCCUAAUUUGCACGUGGAGGUGAUCAAACAAAGUCACAUAAUCUUGAAUUUUCUGGCAAUGGAAGGUCGCAUCACUUGUGAACACAUGGAUAUCAUUUGGGCCGCAGCCCAGUUAAAACACUGUGCCAAACCCGUACACGAUUUACUACCGGGAUUGGUCAAACAUUUAGCUGCUGCCCCUACUUUGCAUUUGUACAGUUUGCUGACAAAUUUGGAGCCCAAGGAUCAUUCUGAGCAGACCUUGUAUUUGGCUAGUGCAUUGAUUAAGGCUGUUUGGUCUAGAGGUGGUGCAGCACCAGAAAUCGGCCUGAUAAAUGUGGCCGCAUCCACAGCUGGUAUAGCCUUACAUAAAUGCGCCGCGACUUCCUCGGAAAAUAGUAUUUUCCCUAGCGUCUCGAUAGAUGCGAGCAACUCCGAAGAGGAGCAAGGGGAAAGCACCGGACAUUCGGAAAGCCACAAGUCGGACAGCGAAAUUGACACAGUUGAAAUCGAGGAUGAGGAACAACACCAUGGGCAGAUCGUUGUGGAUAAUAGUGGACCCCCUCCAUGCAAAUUAGCAAGAAAGCAGCUGAUUGAAAAAAUCCAUGGUCCGGUGACACAUAAUAGCAGCACCGAUACCGAACUGGACGGGAUUCCCAUUCAGACUUCACCAACACCGGCGAAAGUUAAAUGGCCGCCGUCAGUCAAAACGAAGAGUGACAGAAAGGCGCACGUGCGAAAAAAAUUGCUGUCAACAUUAAAUGCCUUGCCGGAGGGUGUGGAAGCGGUGGGGUCGAGUAGUAGUCAAGAAGAGGCGGAUGUAGAAGACAGUCCCAGUAAAAUGAGAAAAAGGCGAAAAUUUCUUAGGAAAGCCCGUGCCAAACGUCAAAAAAGCAACAACAAACGCGGCGGCAUAAACCGGUUGGCCGGCGUGGAGACCAUGAGCGAAGUGGACGUCGACAGUGAUCACGAAGUUAAAACGUUGAAGAGUCAUUCUGCGCAAGAGGCGAUGAUGCUUCCCGCGCAAAUUAAUGCUUUGGUACAUCAAUCCGGUGUGCUUAAAUCCAAUGUGUACCUCGAAGAGAGCUCUUCUUGUAGCGAGCUGGGAAAAGAAGAGCAUCACCAUCACCAUCAUCAUCAUCACGUUCAGCAACCGACCGCUUGCGGCAAUUACAUCACAAUUCACACCAACGGGGGACAUAUCUUAGAAAUGCUUAGUGGGGAAGAGGCAGAAGUAGAAGGAGAUGCAGAGGGAAGUUACUCUUCAAGGAUGAGCAACAAAUCGGAAAAAAAUAUGGCGGAUUUCGAUGGGGAGGAUUCGGCUUGCGAGGAGGAGCUGGCCCAUUUGACCGAAAAUCGAAAUCUUAAUUUACAAAUUAUUGCUCAUCCGCCCGAAAAGAGUCCUCCGGUGAGAAUAAUAGAUCCAAGACUCUCCGCUUGUUUUAAGCCAGACAACGUAUGCCAACCGGGGAACACUUUACUCUGGGAUUUGCUGCAGGACGACAAAAUAUGCCAGUUGGGCGAAGGUCUCGCUGUAGAGGCCGAAAAAACUUUGUGUAAUCUCAUCUGUUUUAUGCCCGACAAAGAUAUCAGGAUGAAAUUUAUCGAAGGAUGCCUUAAUAAUCUUGCCCAUAACAAAUCCGUAAUAGUUUCUCUAAGGAUGUUACCGAAACUGCUUACGUCAUUUAGGGGGCUCGAGAUGCACCACGUGACCCAAUGGGCGGAGAAGCAGCAUCACAUGAUGACCCACUUUUUUAAUAAUUUAAAAGCAUAUACAUCAAAUCCGGAAAAAUCUUUGGGACUAUAUACGCAUCAGAUGCAGGUGCAGGUCAGAUUACAUUUUUUGUCUGCGGUGUUUUCCCCGAUGGUCUCCCCAAAUAGCUUUAAGUUAAGUAUAGACCAAGUGGACACGUUAUGGGAGUGUUUGGCGCAUGAUUCUGAGUGUUCUGAUGAACUGUUUAGUUGGCUUCUCUCCCAAACCAAGACAAAUGAAUUGCACGCCCUUAGAGUGGACGCAUUAAGGCGGUUAUACUUGUACCAUUUGCCGAGUUUACCCCCGGAAAAGUUCAGUAUGAUCUGCCUGAGCCUGUUCCAGCACCUCUGCGGCCUACACCACUUGAUGACCGCCAAUUUAGAACCCGAAGAGAAAGCGGAAAACCGAAACGUCGGCAUGGACCAUAUGUGGAAAAUCGCUCUGAGAGCUAACAACACCGAUGUCAGUAUGGCAGCUAUCGGGUAUAUAAACAGCUACUACAUGGGUCAAAAUUUACAACACGAGAGCCAAUUCGUGGCCCAGUGUAUGACCAACUUGAAGGCCUCCUCAGACGAUUUAUUGUCGAGCAAUUCGAAUGACGACGCCUCGUUGCUUUGCAUACAGAGGGCGUUGUUGUUGACGAAGACUCAUAUCGAAACGUUUAGGAAAAGAUACGCGUAUCACCUAAGAAAAUGGGCUUUGGAAGGGAGAGGUAUUGGAAGCCAUUCGGCAGCUUUAGGGGAAAGAUCUUGUACCCCCAUAAGGAUUAUCGUUCAAUCAGGCAGCUGUGCUGAAAGAUGCGUUCUAGAAAUGUUGCUCACAGAUUAUGUAGCUGACCUGAGAGCGGAAAUAGUCAAAUGGUGGGAGGGCAUUUUAAAAAUACGAGCCCAAGAAGAAGGCGCCGAUUUGCCGUCGAUGAACAGCUCGAAAAAACCCGACACGUGGAUAAGAAUCAUCACGCAAGGCCAAGAGUUAUCUAUAGAUUGCGACGAAAAAACUUUACAGGAAAUGGGCUUUAAGGACAAUCAAAUAACUUACAUCUCGGUGGGAAUGUCCAGAAAUAUGAAGAAAAGGGAAUUUUUAGACGCGCCUUCGAUGCAAGCGGCCCCGCCUAGGGACUGUUUACCCACCUUACUGCUUUUAAAACCUUGUUAUUUUGAGCAACUGUUCUCGUUAAUGCACACACUUAGCUCGAUGAAAACCGUUGUAAAAGGGGGAAGAGUUAUUCCUCACACAAGAGCCCAAGUACUGAGCAGACGAGUCUGGGACAUCCUAAGUUUAAUGCCCACCAGCCCUAAAUUGUUACAAGGUUUCCAGAAACUGGAUAUUGCUCUUUCUGAGCUUUUGGAUCCUUCCAGUGCCCAGAAACUAAUGUACAGCUUGUAUAUUGUCGAGUCGCUCAGUAUGAGACAGAAAUUUGGAGACGAGGAUGACGAACCUUGGACCAGGAAGUUUAUACAGCAUGGCGGUUUAAGACAUCUUUAUGAUAUAUUUUUGUCGGGAGUUCUGCAACGAGACAGUGGUGACGGAAGCGACUGGCAACAGGACUGUCUGGCCUCCCUUCUAAAACUGCUGUGCCACUUGGGGGUGGACCCAUUGCCCAUCGAAUCCCGUCCCUCCAGAAACGAUAAGAUCGUCAUUCCUAGCUUGAACGAGGCAAUGUUAUCUAUGGUGGACGUGAAAACUACCAUGCCAAAAUUAACAGGGAUUUUAAAGGAAGCUUCGUUGCCUAAGGACCCGAACCACUAUAAAACCGGCUUUUGGGGAAGGGCGCAGGUUGUCCACUAUGCCAUGGCCCUGCUAGUCUCCUGGCUACACUCCAGCGAAGAAGCUCGCCAAGGCCUUUUUGAGUCGACCGAUUUUUCUUUUUGGCUCCAAAGGUUGGUUCUGGAAGAUCCUGAGCCCGCGGUGCGCAGAGAAGUCUGCUCGGCAAUUUACCGGCUCUGUUUGGGCGUUUCCGCCCGCGGUGACACCAUAGAAAACUCGUUGGUGGCCCCGAUGCUCGCCGAACUUUUAUCUUAUUUGAAAAAUGCGGAGAGUAUGCGCCCUCAAAAGGUCGAACCGAUGCAGGCCCAGGAGGAAGGGAAGGAGCCGUACGGACCCGCUUGCAGGGACUAUUUUUGGCUCGUUUCAAGGUUAGUCGAUAGUCUGCCGGAUGAUUUCGUAAAGGAGAGCAUAGAAGAGCCACAAAAUUCCGUGAUCGAUAUUAACGAGUUGACCGCUAAAAUUUCUCAAGCGGUUCUAGCGAGGGAUUAUCUGGAAGCGAGGCAUCGCACCGUGGAAGAUGACGGAUUAAUUGGCCUUUUGAAUUUACUGUCAAAUUUGUUGAAACACAGGCCGCCGUUCCAGAUUAGUAAAGGAGGUCAGGACUUGUUAAACGAGGUAUUCAACUUUUUAUUCGCCCUACCGAACCCGAAACUGCGCCACGUACCAAAAUGCAAAUCGCCAAGAUCUCGUACCGCCGCGUUCGAUCUCCUCGUCGAACUAGUAAAAGGCUCGCCCGAAAAUUACGCAAUUCUACACGAAAAACUCCUAAAGCAACACCAGCCAGGUCCAAACUCCCCAUAUCCAUGGGACUAUUGGCCCCACGAGGACGGCCGCUCCGAAUGCGGCUACGUGGGGCUCACUAAUUUGGGGGCUACCUGCUAUAUGGCCUCUUGUAUGCAGCAUUUAUACAUGAUGCCGCAGGCUCGCGCCUCUAUUUUGGCGGCCAGCACCCAAGAUUCCAAACACGAGACCACCUUAAAGGAACUUCAGCGGAUGUUCGCUUAUUUGUUGGAAAGCGAACGAAAAGCUUAUAAUCCCAGGAGCUUUUGUAAGGUAUAUACUAUGGACCAUCAACCCUUAAACACAGCGGAACAGAAAGAUAUGGCGGAGUUCUUUAUUGAUUUGGUCAGUAAACUGGAAGAAAUGACCCCGCCGCUUAAGGAAGUAAUAAAAAAACUAUUUUGCGGUGUGAUAAGCAAUAACGUGGUCUCCUUGGAUUGCGGUCACGUGAGUCGCACUUUGGAAGAGUUUUAUACCGUCAGAUGCCAAGUGGCGGACAUGCGAAAUCUUUACGAAUCCCUGGACGAAGUCACCGUGAAAGAUACCUUGGAAGGUGACAAUAUGUACACGUGUUCACAAUGCGGGAAGAAAGUUAGGGCGGAAAAGAGGGCGUGUUUUAAACAGUUGCCACGUAUUUUGUGUUUUAAUACCAUGAGGUACACUUUUAAUAUGUUAACGAUGUUAAAAGAGAAGGUGAAUACCCACUUUUCUUUCCCGCUCAGGUUGAACAUGGCCGGUUACGUGGAGAAAACGUUGAUGCCGCAGCAUUAUCAGGAAGACAAAAUAAAAAAUGACCCGGAGAGCGAGCAGUACGAAUAUGAUCUUAUUGGAGUAACCGUUCAUACAGGUACGGCCGACGGCGGUCACUAUUACAGCUUCAUCAAGGACCGUACCGCAGGUUCCCGUGACAAAUGGUUCCUGUUCAAUGACGCCGAAGUAAAACCGUUCGAUCCAAACCAAAUCGCCGCCGAAUGUUUCGGCGGAGAAAUGACCAGUAAAACUUACGAUAGCGUCACCGAUAAGUUUAUGGAUUUCAGUUUCGAGAAAACUAAUAGUGCUUACAUGCUGUUUUAUGAACGGUGUCCACUGACUUCUCCGGAUAGCACGGAGAGUUCCUCCACAAAUUUGGACAGUAUAGAAGCUCGUAGUAAUUCUCCUGUACCGACGGCUACUUUUGAACUCAGUAAGGAGUUAGAAGAUUGGAUUUGGCAGGAUAAUAUGCACUUUAUACAGGAUAAGAAUAUAUUUGAACACACUUAUUUUAAUUUUAUGUGGCAAAUUUGCGGCUACAUUCCUCAAACGAUCCUGUCAAUAGAACCGAAUAUAACGGAAAAAGCCGCUCAGCUCUCCACCUCGUUCUUUAUAGAAACUUUUAUACAUGCCAAAGAAAAGCCGACGAUGGUCCAAUGGGUGGAGCUGGUAACGAAACAGUUUAACGCGUGCCAAGAGGCAUGCGUGUGGUUCCUAGAGCACAUGGCCAAAGACGUCUGGUGGCCGGUACAAGUUUUACUGAAAUGCCCGAACCAGAUGGUACGCCAGAUGUUCCAGAGGCUGUGCAUUCAUGUGAUACAGAGGCUCAAGCAGUCUCACUCUAGUUUGUACUUAAAAAUCGAUGACGGAUACGAGGCGGAGGAUCCGCAAAACAUCGAUGUUACUAAAAUAGGCAACUCAUCCUGUGUUACUAAGUUUAUAAAAACCCUUUUAUCCUUGAUGGAGCAUGGCGCCAAAGCCCACCUGAAACACUUAACGGAGUAUUUCAACUUUUUAUACGAAUUUAGCAAAAUGGGCGAGGAGGAGUCCAAGUUCCUUUUGGGCGUCGGCGCGAUUAAUUCUAUGGUUCAUUUCUAUUUGGGACAAAAGGCGAACGAUUUUGUGGAUGUUAGUGAGGGCGAGGAAGACGACGAAAUGGUACCGAUGCCAGUAGAAAAAUAUAAGCCGGCCAGUUUGGAUAAAAUGAUCACUCUUAUUGCCUCGCUCGUGGAGAAAAGUAGAGAUUCUAGUAUGAAAUUGCAAUUGAGUGAUAAGGAUUAUAAUGCUGUGGCAGGAGGAAAGGGCUUUCCAUUUUUAUACCAACAAAUCAAAGACAACAUCAACCUGCAGCAAACGAGAAACUUAAUCCACUCUCUCUGUAAAACCAACAAUCAGCUGGCUCAAGGCAUCAUUUGCAUGAUUUCCCAAGCAAUCACCAGACAUUCAGAGAUUAACUUUCAGGGUUGCCAACCGUUCUUUAAAAUCUUGACCCUGCUGACCGAGAACAAUAAUCAGAGCAACUCGAGCGGCUCGAAUCAGCCCUGUUUCACUCAGUUGGUGUUGCAAAAGGUGUGGGAGGCGGCGGAAUGUUGCCCUCAUUCCGCGUUGGAUUGGUUGGCUUUGCAAGUCACUAGGAACCGUUUGGUGCACUCUUGGGUACUGAGCUCGAUGGAUUCAUGGCUGGAACACUUUCUGAUCGCCCAUAGUAAUCAGAGGGUUAGAAACACUGCCGGUUAUCUUCUAGUCUCUUUGGUGCCAAGCACUCCGUUUAGGCAAGGUUUCAGAGCGUCUCAUAGAAUUAAUAGGGAACCCCAGUUAUCUACAGAAGCUCAAGCGGUUCUACAUCAGAUCUACACUGCCCUUUUAAGGUUAUUGCCUUCGGCUAAGCACUAUACGGAUAUGCAGCAACAUGGUUCUAUGAAACUGACCACUUAUUUUGCCUUACUAAUGUAUUGUUGUAUAUCUAGGACUGAAAAGUUGAUGUUUGGCCAAUACUUUAUCCAACUGUGGCACCUGUUCCAUCCGAAACUCUCGGAACCCUCCAUCCCAGCAUAUCAUAACAAACAAGCCUUACUAGCGUUUUGGAACCACGUAUGCACCGAUUGUCCGGAAAACGUACAGCUGAUGCUGGCCAACGCGCACGUCACCAAAAAUAUCGCUUUUAAUUACAUUUUGGCUGACCAUGACGAUCAGGAAAUCGUGUUAUACAAUAGGGCGAUGUUGCCAGCUUAUUAUGGCUUGUUGAGGAUGAUGUGCCAACAGUCGAGGGUUUUCACCAGGAAUUUGGCUAACCAUCAGAAUUUACAGUGGGCUUUUAAGAAUAUUACCCCGCAUCCCACUCAGUAUUCUCAGGCUGUGGAGGAGCUGUUUAAAUUGAUGCAAAUUAUGGUGAUGAAACAUUCGGAUUGUUCGGAGACGGAACAGAGGGAAAUUUACACUUUUAAGCGCACCACCCUUAUGACUUAUUUACAGUGCUUAGAUGGAAGGACAAGUUGGGGUACAUUAAUCAACGCCUUUAGGAUCCUAGUGGAAACAAACGAUGAUAAACUGUAUGUAGUUUACAAUGGGGGGUUACAAAUCGUUUUUGAGUGUUUUCAAAAUUUGCACGUGAUGCUUCACGAAGCGACCGCUUGUCACGUAGUGGCCGACAUGCUGGACGUGUUGCAAAUAUUGUCGGAUUUGAUGCACUGCAUUCGUGCUUUUAGGGAUAAUAAAGAUGCCAGGAGUCUCAUUUUGGCCACAAAAGAUUGGCUGGAAGUUAUACGGAAAUUGGCGACCUUGUUGAACACUUAUAAUCCGCCGGAGAUGAGGUCGCUCUGUAUAGACGUUUUAAAAGAAUUCGUCCUAAUAAUGACCCCCGAAGCAAUGCAAAUCCUAGUUCCUCUGCUGUCCCAUUGCCAUUCGGCCUUCCAGGACAGCCAGGACGCGGUACCGUUGGGGCCCUACUUCCCCAGAAGAGGCCACUCGUUACCGAUCGUCACCGGAAAGGGCGGAGCCCGUCCUUUACGGCCUAUGGUCCAGAUGACCGUGCCCCAAAAUCAGUUGGAAUGCAGCAGGGGUAUAGAUCCUGAAUACGAUAAGGCCCUGGACAAGUUUUACACGCCCUAUCACGAUUUCAUCGACACGAUGUUUCGUUUGGCGGUAAAUAACGAAUCGGUACAGGAGGUGUUGAUCAAUUUAAGCGCGGUAGUCGGAUACGAGGCUGUUCCUUUACAUUCCACUUAUUUUCCUAAAUUGUGGUUAGAUAUACUAAAAGCUCAACAUGUAGAUAGGAAAUAUAUUAACAUGCUCACUUCUUGCAACUAUUUUGUGGAUUACGUGGAGGCGAUCCUGCUGGAUGAACGACUUUGCUUGACCGUCGAUGCGAUUUAUGAGUUUUUGAUGGCGUUUUUCCCCAAGGUCUCUGCCCACGUUUUAAGCGAACAAACUCUGCGAAUGGUCGAAUCAAUGGUAGAAUCCCUAAAAGAGUCCGUAAACUCCUCGGACAUCUUAAAAUGCCCUAAAAGACUAGCAGGAGACAUAAGGGCCUUAGGUCUAGUAUACAAAACCCCUCAGGGUAAACCCCCAGCUAGUUUAAAGGACACUAUAAAAACCUUACUGGAUAAAGUGAAGUCGGAAAUAGGAAAACUGAAUAUAGAACCCGACAUUCAACCUCCAGAUGAGAAACCUUCGACGUCCAAAGACUCACCUAAAGAAGAUUCACCUGCGGAGGUGAAAAAAGACAACGAAACCUCCACCUCUGAGGGCGGCACCUCCGAGGAGGGCAACAAAGACACGAAGCGAAUAACCGGCAAUAUCCCUCUGGAUAAUUUGAAAUUGCUUGAGAGCAGUUUAAGUGAUUUGAUGUCGGUGUUGCAAUUAGAAAAAUGUGAUAGCGGAAAUAAUAGCAAGCGCAGUUAGUGUCGGUUUAUUAGCGUGCGCGUGUUCGAGAACGCCUCGUUUUAGCUGAAAUAUAACAAUAAACUGAUAAAACGGGUCUUGAUAUUAUCGUUUUUCAAUUAUCGAUCGAACGCUUAAUAUUAGGUUAGGGUUUAACUCACACCUUAUAGAAUCUAGUAAGUGACCAUCACAAUUUAACAAAAAAAAUUAUAAUAAAUGAAUCAAAAUAGUAGUAAUUUUUAAUUUGCCGCGCUUAAUAAUUGUAAGGGCCGCGCUUCAACGUCUCAGUGUGUUAUAUGAAUAUUGUGUAAUUUUAACCGACUUGCCUACCCCCCUCCCCUCUCUCCCGUUUCCCACACUAACCAAAUUGUACUUUAGUUGUAAGUAAAGCAGGGUUUUCUUAACUUAUAUUCAUUGUUAAAUUUUUUCAUUAAAAAUGUGUAUAUAAAUUACGUUAUCGCGUAACUUAUUGGGUGAACAGAGUUAGUUUUUUUUGUUUUUAUUUCCUCAAAAGACUGUUUAAAAAGUAAUAAAAGUAUUUCUUUCUA